AUGUCUCUCUCUCUUCACUCCAUCAUCAUUCCCCCCCACGUCUUUCACUCUUCCUUUCUCAAUCUGCAAUUCCUUCUGCUUUCCAAUUCUUUUGCUUUGGCUUGUUUUCUUUUUUUUUUUACUUCACCUUUUUUCUUUAUUCAAAUAUUUACUUACGCCCUUUUCAUUUUCUACUUUUUUGUCUUCUUUUGUUUUCUUUCCAUCUUUCUUUCCAUCUUUCUUUCUUUCUUUCUUUCUUUCUUUCUUUCCCCUUUUCUUAAUGUUUCUUUCUUUCUUUCUUUCUUUCUUUCCUCUUUUCUUAAUGUUUCUUUCUUUCUUUCUUUCUUUCUUCUAUUUAAGCUUUCUUUCUUUUCUCUUUUCUUAAUGUUUCUUUCUUUCUUUCCUUUCUUUCUUUUCUCUUUUCAUAAUGUUUGUUUGUUUGUUUCUUUCUUUCUUUCUUCUAUCCAGCUUUCUUUCUUUUUUCUUUCUUUCUUUCCUCUUUUCUUAAUGUUUCAUUCUUUCUUUGUUUCUUUCUUUCUUUCCUCUUUUCUUAAUGUUUCGUUCUUUCUUUCUUUCUUUCUUUCUUUCUUUCUUUCUUUCUUUUCUUUUCUUAAUGUUUCGUACUUUUUUUUUUCAUUUUUUGUGUUUGACUCAAACCUGCUUGUUCAAUUAUUGUUAUUUUUGUUCAUUGUUCUUUCAUUCAUUCUUUCUUUCUUUCAUUUUAGCGCUCUUUCUAUUUUUAUUUAUUCUUUUCUAUAUUUCAUUUCACUUUCUUUUACUUUACUAUCGUUGUUCUUUUUUCUCCCAAGUAUAUUUUUAAUUUUCCUCAUGCUUUUCUUUCUUUCUUUUUUGUAUUAUGUCUUUCUUCUUUCUUUCUUUCUUUCUUUCUUUCUUUCUUUCUUUCUUUUUAGCUCUUUUUCCAUUUUUAUUUAUUCUUUUCUAUAUUUCAGCUUUUCUUUCUUUCUUUCUUUCUUUCUUUCUUUCUUUCUUUCUUUCUUUUGUAUGGGAACGUUUUGUCUUCUUUACUACACGUAUUUAUAUUUUUUGUUACUUAUACACUUUUACAUUUUUUCUUUUCACUUUAACUCUUUUAUGACCUUUUCAAUCUCCGCUUUUUCUUUCUUUCUUUCUUUCUUUCUUUCUUUCUUUCUUUCUUUCUAUUACGUCUUUCUUCUUUCUUUCUUUCAUUUCAACCAAUUUAAGCUUCAGCGACCAAUAUCUAUCUAUCUAUCUAUCUAUCUAUCUAUCUGUGACGUCCCUAAACACAGCCUUCGCUCGCUCCUCGCUGCUUCGUUCGGUCUCGCCUCUCCUUUCCUUUCUUUCCUUUCUCUUUUUCCUUUCUUUUCUUUUUUUUCCCUGGUAAAUGAUGCCACAUAUCUCUGUCCCUUUUGUUUGUUUGUUUGUUUGUUUCUUUCUUUCUUUCUCUGCCGCUUUUCUAUCUAUCUAUCGAGUUAUCUAUCUCCCUCCGUCCCUUUUCUUUGUUUCUUUCUUUGUUUCUUUCUUUGUUUCUUUCUCCGUCCCUUUUCUAUCUAUCUAUCUAUCUAUCUAUCUAUCUAUCUAUCUCCGUCCCUUUUCUUUGUUUGUUUGUUUGUUUGUUUCUUUCUUUCUUUCUCCGUCCCAUUUCUAUCUAUCUAUCUAUCUAUCUAUCUAUCUAUCUAUCUAUCUAUCUGUCCCUUUUCUUUGUUUGUUUCCUUCUUUCUUCCUCCCUUUUCUAUCUAUCUAUCUAUCUAUCUGUCUAUCUAUCUAUCUUUUCUUUUUUCUUUCCACCUCUUUUCCGCCUCCUUCUUCCGCUUUCGGUUCAAGUACAUAGGUAUUUCGAGACGAUACUAUGACAUGCGGCCUGACGAAUCCAUUUCGGCAGAAACCGUUCUAUCUAUCUAUCUAUCUAUCUAUCUAUCUAUCUAUUUUCUUUUCUAUCUAUCUAUCUAUCUAUCUAUCUAUCUAUCUAUCUAUUUUCCUUUCUUUCAUUUGUUUGAUUCUUUCUUUCUUUUCUUGUUUCGGAUUGAAUCUAUCUAUCUAUCUAUCUAUCUAUCUAUCUAUCUAUCUAUCUAUCUAUCUAUCUAUUAA